CAAUCUGAGGCAAUUCAUCUCCAAGCUCAAAUCAAAACCUUCUUGUUAGUCAAUAAUUAUCCAGAUUAUAAUUCAUCAUUCCUUUUGCUAAAAUUACAGCGCUGUGACGCAUAGCAAUGGGCGUUUACACUUACGAAAAGGAAGUAACCACCAGUAUCCCUCCAGCUAAGUUCUUCAAGGCCUUUAUCCUUGAUGCCAACCAGCUGUACCCCAAGAUUAUACCCAGCCAAGUGGAAGUCCAAGUUCUUGAAGGAGAUGGAGGGCCUGGAACCGUCAAAAAAAUCAUUUUCGGUCACGGUAGCCAUGUGAAAUACAUGAAGCACAGGAUCGAGACGGUGGACGAAGAAAGUUUGACGUACAAAUACAGCGUGAUCGAAGGGGAGCCGUUAUCGGAAUUCAUAGAUGAGAUAACAAGAGAGUUAACGUUAACGGCGACGGCGGAGGGAGGAUCCGUGUUGAAGAGCAGCAGUAGGUAUCACACCAAAGGAGAUUACCAAAUCAACGAGGAGAAAGUGAAGACCGGCGAGGAGAAGGGAUUGGCCCUUCUUAAGGCCGCCGAGAACUACCUCUUGGCUCACCCUCAGGAAUACAACUGAGCCCAACCAAAACUAACUUAUAGCAUUUCAAUAUGCAAUAAAAUAAAAUAUAUGUAAUUUGUUUUUGUUUGAAGGGUGUGUUGUGUGGCUUUUCCUGGUGAUUUUCCAAUGAUGGUGGAAUUAUUGGUGAAUUUGCAUGCUUAUUAUUACUGUAAUUUCAAAUGUAAGAGUUAAUAUGGGUUUCAAAUUUUCAAUAAAAUAAUUGGAGGUCGAAUUUGACUUUUGGACCUCCCUAAGUAAGGAA